AUGCGACAGCCUUUCAGGCUGACCUCGACUCUAGGCGUCGCCUCGAAAUCCGCUUUCAAAUCGACCUCGGUCCGGUCAUUCCACAACUCUAGACCCGCGGCCAACUUCUUCACCUCCAGAACCACCACUCCCGUCAGCACUCUCACAAAAGCUCGAAAUGCAUUCCGACAGUCGAGAACAUACAUCGGGCAAACCGUUGCGCCCGGCGCCGGUGCCGGAAACUUGGUACAGAAGCUGGUUGUAGGAGGGGCAAUGUUCGGAGGAACCUUGAUCGCAUUGAACAUAAUGUUCAACAGGGAAACCCGUGAAGAUGGUGGAAUGCCUCCAUACGAAAGAUCAUACCUGAAUGACACAUUCAUGCAUACUGGUUUGGGCGUGGGUAUCAUCGGUCUGUCUGCCAGAGCCAUGUUCCAAAGUGGCUUUACCUACAGAAUGAUGGCCACCAACCCAUGGAUUGUCAUGAUCGGUGGUCUGGCGGCUAGUAUUGGUACGAUGAUGGGAACAAGGGCCAUAGACCCAAGCAACUACGUUCCAAAGUAUGCUCUGUGGACAGCGUUCAACGCCACCCAAGGUGCCCUCCUUGCUCCUCUCCUCUUCAUGGCCCCGCCAGCACUCAUCGCUCGUGCCGGUCUAUACACUGUUGCAAUGAUGGGGUCGAUCUCAUUCAUUGGUGCUACCGCUAAGCAAGAGAAAUACCUCUACCUCGGAGGUCCUCUCCUUGCCGGUGUUGCUCUCGUUGCUGUCUCUGGCUUCGCUCCCUUGGUUCUCCCAGCCACCGCUGUCCGCACACUCGCCUGGUCUGAGAACAUCUGGCUGUACGGAGGUUUGGCCGUAUUUGGUGGCUUCACGCUCUACGAUGUACAGAAGAUCCUCAGCCAUGCUCGGAUGGCUGAGCGAGGCUUGAUUCGAAAGGACCCUGUCAACGAGAGUAUCAGCUUAGAGUUGGACUUCUUGAACAUCUUCAUCCGAAUGGUCCAGAUCUUGAUGAUGCAAAACAACCGAAGAAAGUAG